AUGAAACCCAAUUAUGACCCAGAGCAGGUCACCCAGCCCCUCGAGGUUGCCAGGCAAGCAGCAUUGGUCGGCGGAGCCUCAGCAAUCCCCGGUACUGUGAUUGGUGCCUUGUACGGCACAGUUCGCACACAAACUCCGGUUCUCUUCUCUAUUGUCUCGGGGGCACAGUGGUUCGCCAUUGGCAGCACAUUCUGGAGUAUACGCACGUCUGUUCUUAACCACGCUGGCCUGCUCAACUGGUGGAACGUCACUCGAGGUGCGCCUUCUUACCCGCGCAAUGACCUUAACCCGACUACUUCCGACAAGGUUCGCGCGUCAGCCAUUGCUGGUGCCCUGACUGGCUUCAAUCUUGGGCUCUUAUUUCGUGGCCCUCGGAAUGUUAUCCCAGGUACCAUCAUGUUCACCUUGUUUGGCUGGGGAGGUCAGCAUGGGUACAACUAUCUCGAUGCCAGGAAUUCCAGCGAACUCCUGGAACAGGCCGAGCUGAGAGCAAGGGGUGAAGACAAACCCAAAGAAAACUUCAUGCACAAGAUUGCAAAGAGCAAGUGGAGUCCCAUGCAGGUCUUGACUGAUGACGACUACGAGAACAUGAUGCAGGAAAAGCUUCUGCGGGUCGAAGCCCAGAUUGCGGUAAUCGACGACAAGAUUGAUGCAUUUAGAAAGCAGGCGCUCGAGUUGGAAGCGCAGCGCAAGAUAAAGGAGAUGCAAGAGCAGGGUCAAAAUUCCGAGUGA